GCGCAGUAUUUGAAUGUUGGGAACUGACGGCGGGGGAGAAGGAAGAAAGAAAGGAGGCCUUGUCCGCGAGACGCCGAACCCGGUAAAGGACGCCGAGGGCGGAGAAUGGUUUUUACGUAACGGUUCUCCCUCAGAAAGAGCCAAGAGGGACCCGGCCCUUAACGGUUCUCCCUCAGUCGAGAAUGGGUUUAAUCCUUCGCUCUUCGGGAGGGUCUUCUCCUCAAAGUUAAUGCUUGGAUUGGGAAUGAAUUGGUGAUUAAAAGAAAUUAAUAGCAUUAAAGCCUUUGUGGAAUUAUGAACAGAAUGUGAAGAAAAGGAGACGAGUCUGAGCAGAUAAAGUUGUAUAAUCGGCCCCGGCUGUGCAGAAAACGGAUUUCGUGGUACAGUUGGAAGUUGGAAGCGUGUAAAUAUUUGUGCUGGAAGAUAACAAUGUCGAAAGAUGAAGACAAGGGGAUCCCUGUGAGGGUGGCGCUGAGGUGCCGCCCUUUAGUUCCCAAAGAAAUUGCAGAGGGGUGCCAUAUGUGCUUGUCUUUUGUCCCAGGAGAAGCGCAGGUAAUCCUAGGGAAAGACAAGCCAUUCACGUAUGAUCACGUGUUUGACCCUGCUACUGAGCAAGAGGAGGUUUUUAAAACGUGCAUCGUUCCCCUCGUUAGGGGCAUUUUUAAAGGGUACAAUGCUACCGUUUUAGCCUAUGGACAGACGGGGUCUGGGAAAACCUACUCCAUGGGAGGAGCCUAUACAGCUGACCAAGAGAAUGACCCCAGUGUUGGAGUCAUCCCCAGAGUCAUAAGGCUUCUCUUCCAAGAAAUGAAAGAAAAAACAGACUGGCAGUUUUCCUUGAAAGUCUCCUAUUUAGAGAUCUACAAUGAGGACAUCUUAGACCUUUUGUUGCCAGUCAAAGACAGGACAUCUCAAAUCAGCAUCCGUGAAGACCCCAAGGAAGGCAUAAAGAUUGUGGGACUAACAGAACAUGAGGUGACUAGUGCCCAAGAGACAGUUCUUUGCCUGGAGCAAGGGAACAACUCCCGAACUGUGGCUGCCACAGCUAUGAAUACUCAGUCAUCACGCUCUCAUGCUAUUUUUACCAUGUCCAUUGAGCAGAAAAGCAAGAGUGACAGAAACACCAGCUUCCGUUGCAAACUGCAUCUGGUAGACCUUGCUGGUUCUGAAAGGCAGAAGAAGACAAAAGCAGAAGGUGAUCGACUUAGGGAAGGAAUCAACAUUAACAAAGGACUUCUCUGUCUGGGGAAUGUCAUCAGCGCUCUUGGGGAUGAAACCAAGAAGGGGAAUUUUGUCCCUUAUAGGGACUCUAAACUAACACGACUUUUGCAAGAUUCCUUGGGAGGCAAUAGCCACACUCUGAUGAUUGCCUGCGUGAGCCCAGCAGAUUCCAAUAUGGAGGAGACUUUGAAUACCCUUCGCUAUGCUGACAGGGCCAGAAAAAUAAAAAACAAGCCAAUAGUUAAUAUUGACCCCCAGGCUGCAGAGAUCAACCGGUUAAGGCUGCAGGUUCAAGAGUUGCAGAUCCUAUUGCUACAGGCUCAUGGAGGGACACUUCCAGUUUCUAUUGGUGGUGAGCCCUCAGAAAACUUGCAGUCUCUGAUGGAGAAGAACCACUCUCUCACAGAGGAGAAUGCAAAACUAAGCCGUAGUCUGAGUGAAGCAGCGAGCCAGAUUGCUCAACUGCUGGAGAGCUUCAUUAAGACAGAACAUAAGAAUGAAACAAUCAAUACCAGACUGGAGGAGCUCCAGCAACAUCCUGUGAUGAAAGUCAACCUACAGAAGGUACUUGAAACUCUGGAGGACCAAGAACUAAAACACCAUGUGGAAUUGUUUUGCCAGCUGCAGGAAACGAUUGCUAGGCUGCCGAAUGAAAACCCUAAUGAUGAUGCUGACAUGGAUACAUCUGACCCGGAUUCUAGUGCUGUUUCAGAAGCUAACCGAGUGCCUGACGAAUAUGCUGCUCAGCACGCGCUCCACCAGGCCCAGAUGUCGAAAGAGCUUUUGGAGCUCAACAAAGCCCUGGCUCUGAAGGAGGCCUUGGCAAGGAAAAUCUCUCAGAAUGACAGCCAGUUGGAGCCCAUACAGUGUCAAUACCAGAGCAAUAUCAAGAACCUGGAAGAAGAGGUUUCAAAACUGCAGAAGGAGAAAGAAGACUUGAUCCUGGCACUUCAUGUUUCAAAAAAAGAUGCCAACCAAGCAAAGUUGAGCGAACGCCGUCGGAAACGACUUCAGGAGCUUGAAGGUGAAAUGACAGAUCUGAAGAAGAAACUGAAAGAACAGUCAAAGCUCCUGAAGAUGAAAGAAUCCAGCGAGCAGACAGUGUGCAAAUUAAACCAGGAGAUCCGGGCAAUGAAAAGCCAGCGUGUUCAACUCAUCCGGCAGAUGAAAGAGGAUGCAGAGAAAUUCAGACAAUGGAAGCAGCAGAAGGAUAAGGAAGUCAUCCAGUUGAAGGAGCGGGAUCGUAAACGUCAGUAUGAACUGAUCAAACUGGAGCAAGAUUUCCAGAAGCAAGCCAAUGUCCUCAGGCGGAAGGCAGAAGAGGCUGCUGCUGCUAACAAACGCUUGAAGGUUGCUCUGCAGAAACAGCAUGAAGCUGCCAGCAAACGGAAAGAGAACUCAAACCGUGGAGUUGAGGGACUUGCUUCCCGGGUGAAGAACUGUCUUGCAAAUGAAAUUGAGGUCCUCAUCAGUAUUGAAGAGGCUCGGCGCCACCUCAAUGACCUUCUGCAGGACCGGAAGACUUUAGCGGAAGAAAUCGUAUCACUUAAAGAAAAGCGAGAUGCAGGGGAGAACCUUCCCUCAAAGUACAAGAGACGCACCUUCUCGCACAAUGAUAUGCAGGUGGACUAUUCCAUCAACAAGCAGAUUGAGAGCCUGGAAACAGAGAUGGAGUUCAGGAGCGCCCAGAUUGCUGAUCUGCAACAGAAGCUCCUCGAUGCUGAUGCAGGAGACCGGACCAAGCAGCGCUGGGAGAGCAUUACCACUAUCCCGGAAGCCAAGUGUGCUAUUAAGUACUUGAUUGGUGAGCUGGUCUCCUCCAAAGUUGAAGACAGCAAACUGGAGAACCGCCUCCAACAGAGCAAGUCCACAUGUGCUGACAUGCACAAAAUGCUCCUUGAAGAGCGAAAAUUGACAGCUGACAUGGAAGCAGAGCAUGAGAGCCGGCUGGUCCAGAUGGAGCAGAAACAUCAAGAGAAGGUCCUUUAUCUGCUCAGCCAGAUAAAACAUAAAGAAGAAGCAGAGAAGAGACUUGAGACCUCCAUUUCAGAACGGGAGCAGCAGCUCCUGGAACGGCUCCGCUUCCAGGAUGAAGAGCUGGCAAAGAUGAAAGAAGUCUUUGAGAACAACCAAGAGCUCUCUGCAGAACUUGAUGCUGUCAAGCAGAAACUGAAGAUUCUUCAAGCAGCCAGCGGCCAGAGGAUCUGCAGCAUUCAGCCAUCAGUCACAGACACACCAGAGUCCCCCUUCGAUUAUAUUCCACCUAAGCCAAAGCCCCGCAGGCGAACUACUGCAAGGCCUUCAUCUACAACGGCUGUGGAAGACAUAUCAUCGGAAUCUGACGAAUCGGAGGGAGAAUCACAAGACACUGAGUGGAUCCCAGGCAAAAUCGCCAGAGGAAUAAAAAAGACAGUUAUGGGGUGCACCUGCAAAGGCCGCUGUGGAAACAAGCAGUGCGGCUGCCGGAAGCAAAAACUGCUCUGCUCUGAGGACUGCCGCUGUGAGUCUGAGAAGUGCCGGAACAGGGACCAGUGUAUCUUGGAGGCGACAUUUGUGGAUGAGCAAAUGGGAGAUGACUUCAAUCUAGAAGACCCCACGCUUGUGAAGGCAGGAGACACUUUCUUUGCGCCUCCAGCUGUCAUUCCAACCAGGAAGGCCUUGGGAGAAGCAACUGAGAAACAGCUUGAGAAUAAUGGCACUACUUCAUUUGCCAGUCUGAGUAACAUAGAUGUCGGGGAGAAUUCACUGCCAGGCAUUAAGAAGAGGAGGAAGCGUGUUCUGAGCAGCACCAGUGGCUUCUUCUCAGGCUGCACCCCAGUUAAAGAGGAGGGUUAAUGAGCUGGAGACAGAGCCUUGGUCCUGUAGAUAAACCAGCCCAAGCCUUGCGUUAAUAUUUUUAUGUAUAGUUGCUGAAUAAAUAAAAUUU